AUGAAAUCCUCUAUAUCUAACUACAAACUUGAAAUAUUUGUCAUUGUAGAACCACAUAUUUCAGGCAUUAAGGUUGAUGAAGUUAUCAAGAGUAUUAGUUUCCAAUACUCUCAUAGAGUUGAAGCAAUUGGCUUCUCUAGUGGCAUCUGGGUCUUCUGGUCCAAUAAAGUAAAUGUGAAGGUUAUUGUUAAUUACAUACAAUUUGUGCACAUGAAGGUUUGUUUCCUCUCUAAGGCUAGAAGUUUUUUCUUCUCAUCCAUUUAUGGAAGUCCGCAGGCUCAUUUUCGCAAGUUACUCUGGAGUGAUCUCACAGGUGUGGCACCAACUAACACUCAACUAUGGCUUUUAGUGGGUGAUUUCAAUGCUAUAAUUCACUCAGAUAAAAGGAAAGGGGGUCCUGGAAGGUCGAAUAUGGGUUGUCACUUAUUUGGUCCUUUUGCUAAUCAAUAUGGGCUUCUUGACUUGGGCUUUAAUAGACCCAAAUACGCUUGGCGUAGAGGCACCUUACUAGUUCGUUUAGAUAGGGCCCUCAGUAAUUCUGCAUGGCUUCAUUCCCUCUAUUCUUAUGGGGUUGAUCAUUUGCCUAAAAUCUUAUCAGAUCAUAGACCCCUGCUCAUUCAUCUUUGCCCAUAA